AUGGACGACACCAAAAUUUUCGAUCUGGCUAGCGAAUGCUACAAGCUCUUUCGAGAGGCCUUCCCCGAGGACACACUACCUCCGAAUGCCGAGAUACCACUAUACUACGCUCUUAUCCACUGCCGGUCACGAUUCGAUACCUGGGCUGGCUACACGAAUGCAUUGGAAAACGGCGAGGAUUCUUUGGACAAACAACUUGAGUUCAGUCCUGCAGAUGACUCGCAGAUUGUGUCCGACGAAUACCAGGCUGCGAAGUACAGCGUGCUGCAUGCGAUUCCCCCGUCACUGACACGGAUAUGCCUAACGGCCAUCCACGAGGCAAUGGACAUACUGCAACGGAUAUCAGACACCGAAAUAAGAGAUGAAGACGGCUUCGACAGAGUUGCGGCUGCGGUCGUGAAAGGCACAUACCCUGAUCUGCCUAAGACACUAGUCCAACAACUAGGCUCAUCUAUCGCACGCAGGCGUGCUCGCCUACUCCGUCAGAGGAAGCAUCAACAAGACCUUGACCUCCAACGACAACAGGGUGAUGAUGCACAGGCUGUGGCGGCCGAGGACACCAAAAGUGUCGCGCGGGCACAAGAUCAGAUAGUGGCUGCUCUGGACAAGUUAUCUGUCACCGAGCAUCCAGUCUUGGAGCCGAAGAAGCUAUCGGCUGAUGCUUCGACUGAGCAGAACGUCCGGUUUGGCAACACUACAGCAUCCUCAGCAGCCCAGUCAUGUCCUUACCCGGAACCUCCAACGCCAUUGGAAGGUGUCGAUCACGAUGGUGGGAGUAUGUUGUCCAUGAAGGCAUCGCGUAUUGUCUGGACGCAAGCUUACGACAAGCAGAUCGCACUUCGACCAAGACCUACAGCCCUACACAUGCAUCUCCGAAAGUUGUCAGAAGCCACCAUUAUACUUCGCUAG